AAAGAGGGGGCGGUCGCUUCGUCGUCUUCUUUCGGAUUGAAAGCACAAAAGCAAGAGGGAUCUUCGCGUCUCUUCUUCCUCUCCUUUACAAGGGGGGAAAAGAUAGAAGGUAAGAAGAUGGACUCUUCUCUGGGAUGCCUUCCAUCUGAGCCGGCGGAGGUUAUUGGCUCUGCGAAGGAGGUGGAGGAGAGAGGAAUGCUACCGCAGGUUGAUUCCUUCCUCGUGGAGGCCCUUGAGAAUCCUCGUCAUCGUCUUACCGUGUUACGGAUGGAGUUGGAUAUUCAGACGUUCAUGCAGAGUUCUGAUCAAUGCCAAUUUGAAUUCCAGCACUUCCCUACAUCUUACCUCAGGUGUGCAGCUCACCGUGUGGCUCAACACUACGGAUUGCAAACUUUGGUAGUUGAGAAUGUUGCAGAUGGUUCAGGUAGCAGGAUAGUUGUAAGGAAAACUCCUGAAAGCAGAUAUCCUGCCAUCUGUUUAUCAGAUAUUCCUACCAAGCAGCUUGAAAAUGAGCAAAAAGGACAAGUUAAGAUUGUUAUAAGGCCAAGACCAAGCAAAGCAUCCCAGAUUGAUAUGGAAGGACAAAGAAACAGGAUCAUUUUCCGCACUGUGGAAAAACGAAAAGAGGAUUAUGAUAAAGCGCGAGCCCGCAUAUUCAAUGGCUCUUUCAGUGCCGAUAAUGAUCUUGUUGCUGCUGCUGAUGGAAGAAAUUCAUCAAGUGGAGAUGAGAAGGAAACCUUUAGGAAUGUAACAGAAGAGCUGGAAAGGAUAGGCAUAAAGGAGGCAGCAUCCAGAGUUGCCAUCUUUCGAGACCGAGAAAAAGACCGUAGCGAUCCAGAUUAUGAUCGAAGUUAUGAUAGAUAUGCUCGGGGAUUUGUACCUUGCAAUAGCUUUGCCCUUGGAGUUUGCAAUGUUCUUCAGCCUUCUCACGUGCAAUAUGAUGGGGCUUACUCUCAGAUGGGCUACAGGCCGGUUGACCCUUCAACCAUAAAUGUAUUUGGUUCUGUUGGAUGUAGUCAGACAUCACCUAGUGCUGUUUAUGUACAAUGGCCGAGUCCCGCUAUGAUGUAUGCACAGUCUUAUGAGCACUUUAGACAUGCAGUAUUUCAGGGUCCAGUUUAUCAGCAACCUUUAAGCCUUGACCAUAUGCAGAACAGCUAGAGUUCAAGAAAAAAAAAAAAGAUCUGAUAGAUUUUAUGCCUUUAUUGUCUUAUAUCUGUAGGCCAAAAAAAUGUAGCAACUCAAGGACAGCCAUGCAAAUGACAACCUAUUCUUAUUUUUCCGUCGGAUUCUAACUGUUUGUGCGCUCCUUUAAAAAAAAAAAAUUAUUUAUGUGACCUGUAUGAUGACUUAUUAGGUAUUUAUUUCAUGCAUUAAUUUUUUUUCCAA